UACAACUGGGGGGGAAAAAUGGCUUCAACUCCUGAGCAAGUAGUGUGUACCCCAACCUUUGUUUUCCCCGCAGCUUUUCCAGGUUUUGAUCCACGGACUCACUUGGCAAAUUUUCAUGCUGUUGGACCAGCUCCUACUCCAACGCAAAUACAGUUUGCUGAGGAAUCAGGAAAGCAUAAAAACCUUGCUAGGGUUUCAGGUAUAAAAGUUGAAGCUGCUCUCACACCUGAACUUGCAGCUUGUCGAAAUUUACUGGUAGCUGCAGCAUCUACUUCGGCAGCUUUUCCUGGGAUAGAUCCUAAUAAAUUACCUCCUCCACCUCCUCAUCCACCCAAUCAAGAUAAUAAGGGUGAAGAGAAAGAAAAACUGUGGCCUUGUCCAUCUUGCAAGGUGCCCUUCAAAGCAGCAUCUGAACUGCAAGUUCAUCUUUCUGCGCACACAAAAACUGAAAAAACUGUACCAUGUGAUAUGUGUGGUAAAUUAUUUGCAACCAGUGAACGUGUAAGAAUUCAUGUACGAUCUGCUCACGGUGAAAAGUCUUGUGCCUGUGAUAUUUGUGGUAGUGGUUUUAGUUACAGGUGUAAAUUACUGGAUCACAUGAGGACCCAUACAGGUGAUAAGCCUUUUCAGUGUGAUGUUUGUGGGCGAAGUUUCUCUCAGAAGAAUCAUCUUACUCGACAUUCCAUGAUUCAUACUGGUGAGAGACCAUACCCAUGCGACUUCUGUGGUAGGGGUUUCUACAGGAAAGAUAAACUCACACGUCACAGAAGGAUACACACUGGUGAGAAACCUUAUGCAUGUCUAGCAUGUGGAAAGGCAUUUUAUCGCCGAGACAAAUUGACACGACAUAUAAAAAUGCAUAGUGGUGAAAAGCCCUUUGCAUGUCCAGUUUGUGGAAAACGUUUUGUAGAAGAUAGAGAUUUAAAAAGACAUAAAUGUUCAUCUCGACACACUCAGAAUGCUAACAAUGCAGCAAAAAUACAGGCUGCGCAAACCAGUACAGGUUUACUACAGUUACAGCAGCUACAUUAUCAGCUGCAGCAACAUCACCUUACUCAUCCUGGACCACCCCUCCAACAAGCACAUUCCGGACCUCAGCAUCAACAAGCUCAUACCCAAACAACUCAUCAGGCCCACACCCAAACAACUCAUCAACAAGCUCACACUCAGACAACACACCAGCAGGCUCAUACUCAGACUACCCAUCAACCACAUUCCCAGCCGCAGCAUCAACAAGCUCAUACCCAAACUUCAACCCAUUCCCAACAAGGCCAUUCUCAGCCUCCACCUGAGCAUCAAAACCAGAACCAACAAGGUCCUCAACCUCAUGUGCAGCAACAGCAACAACAACAACCACCUCCACAACAACAGUCACAACCACCUCAGCAUGUUCAGCAACAACCUCAUGGACAACAGCAACAACCUCCCCCACAUAUGCAACAACAACAACAAUCACAACCUAAUACUGCCCCUCCAACACCUCAGACUUCUCAGCCACCUACACCACAGUCCCAGCAUCCGAAUCAGAUGCAACAAACUCAACAACCUGCUCCUCCUCCACCACCUCAGCAACAACAACAGCAACCACCACCAUCUCAGUCUCAGCAACAUUCACAAGGUAUGCCACCACAUCAUCAACAACCACCCCCUCCUCAGCAGCAGCAACAACAACAACAGCAGCAGCAGCAGCAACAAGCUCCUCCACCUCAUCAUCAGCCUCCUCCACAACAGCACCAACCUCCUCAGAGCCAUCAUCAAAUGCAACACCAGAAUAGGCAUCUACCUCACCAGCAGUCCCCUUCUCCUCCACAAAUUGCACACCAGUCUCCUCAUCCAUCGCAACAGCACCCUCAAGGACAUCCUCAGCAUCCAACCCAUCAUGGCCCUCCUAUUGUGCCUCCUCAUCCUUUUCAGGCAUUGAACUUGCAAACCUGACUGGCGGGGUGCACCAUAUUCGGUGCAUUCAAUAAACUAACCAACUUUAAUAAUCAGCACUGAGGAUAUGCUUAUGAUUCCAUCAGUUGCUGUAUAUACAGUUCAGGUUUUUGCAAAGUUCAUGUAUAAAAUUUUUAUCAACAGAAGUAUUUGAAUCAUUCCUGGACAAUUCUAAACUUGACUAUUUUGAAGGAGAGAUUAUUGCCAUGUUGAAAAGUUCUUUCAUCGAAUAUUAACCCUCGUGUAAAUGGGUAAUAUGUGCUGAAGUACUUUUAGAAUUACUUAGCAGAGAAAUUUAUUAUGGCUUAACUAAAAUGAAUAACUUGUUACAUCAUUUGUCAUCAAUCUCAUCAGUUAACUUGUUAGAAAAUUCCUAUGCCUUUAGCUUCCAUGUUGUUGCUUUUUGGUUCUGGUGUAUUACCUAUUAUACUACUUACUGAUUGUUUUUAUGUACAUACUUGUUUUCAUUUGUUACUCUAAGCUGUGACAUGUUUGACACUUUGGAGCAUACUUGCAUUAUUUUGGUAAAACAUAUUUCUGAAGUUUAGAAAUAGUAACAAUUGUUUAACAUCAAAAAUGAUAUUUAUAUGGAUAUUCUUUUUUUAUUACCUUAACAAAAGAAUUUUUUUUAAAAACUUGCUUAUUGGUAAUAAUUUUUAAAACUCAUAUGAGCACAAAUAAAAUAAUUUAAAUUUUGUGCCAUAUGUUUAUUUUGGAAUUGUGUUCCAAAACGGAAUUUAACUAAUUUCAGUGAAUAAUAUGUAGUAAAUUAAUUUUUUCACUAGCAAUUUAAGUGUUAAUCAUUAUGCAGCCAUAAUAAAUUUAUGCAUAAUGAUGGACAAUCCUAGUGAUAUUAUGUUCAAAACAUAAAAUUCAGACAGCUAACUGCCAUGAGGAUUCUUGUUAUACUAUUUAACCUUGAAUUAGUAAAAAGUGUUGUUGAAAAAUGUUUUUUUAUUCAUUGGUUUUCUGCUGUUAUUUAUUGUGACAGUACUUUUAAUGUGAUAAUGUUUGUAUAAAAGGAAGUGUAAGUGUAAGAAUGAGAAGAUGAAUAUUGUUAAUUUCCAUUAAAAAAAAAUAUUUUGUUUAAUGAAGAUGAAAUCAGAGAGUGGUACUUUUUUAUUAUCUCUAUAACAAUCAAAGCAUCAGGUUGACAGUAAAAAUGCUUAUUGGCAGUAAUGCUUGAUGUUCUUACUUAUAUUUUGGGGGCUUCGCACUAACUAAAAAGAGAUUUCCUUAAUAUUAAGGGAAAGAUCCUAAAAUUAUUAGUUAAAAAAAUAAUUUACAAUUUAAAUGGAAAGAGCAUUUUUAUUUGAAUAUAAAUUUAAAAACUUGAAAUAGAUGCAUUCAUUUAGAAUGAAAUGUAAUCUAUCUUGGGAACAUUUGUUCAAUAAACAUUUAUAUCGGUUGAUCUUCAUUUUUUAAUGAACUAAAGACUUUUUAAUUUAAAGUUUCUAUUUUCUUUUUUUUUAUAAUAAUUUUUUAUGUUUGUAUUUUUGUGUCCUUUUGUGCCAAUAUAUGAACUGGUCUGCUUGUAUAUUUUUUAAAAACUUUUGAUUGUAAAGAAGGUAAUCUAGUCAUGAGACUUGGGUUGCCAAAUGCAUUAUUUCUAUUGUUUAUAAUAUGGAUUUGUAAUUGAACUAAAAAUGUGUGAUAUUCUUUUCUUAUAAGUCCAUAAAUUUAAUAAGUUAAUUAAGGUAUCUUGGUGUAUUAUUAAUUGCUAUUACAUCAUGAAUAGUGUUUUGCAUAUUAGCUUUGAUUAUUUUUUAAACUUGAUGAGAUUUAAUUCAAUGUUAUUGCAUUUUUUUAUUCAAUAAUCGGAUAUAAUUUGUUCAUUUUUGUACAAAAUGAAUUUCAUUUCUAAAACUUUAUUUAAUAAUUUUGUUUAAUAUUUACUUUUUAAAGAUUUUUAGAAUGUAACCUGAAUUAAUUUCCAAAGUUCUAGUUAAUAAAAUUUUAAAUCACCAUGAAAAUUAUUUGUAAAUUUCAUUUAAAAUUCAAAUUUUUUGAUAUAUUUCAUCUAAAACAAAGCUUACUUAUAAUUUUUUGCCCCAUUUGUUAUGGAUUUUUUUCUGCAUAUGGACUGCAUUACUAGCUAAAUUUGACUGAUUUUGUGGCUUUCUCUGACAUUUGUAGGGAAUAAAUUAUUUCCUGUGUUUUUAUAUUUGAAUUUAGCUUAUAAAGCUUUGAUUUUUUUUUUUAAUGAACAUAAGACAAAAAUAUGAAACUAAAACUUGAAUCUUGUUAAGAGGCAGUUGUUAAAUAAAAUUCCUUCAUAUUUUUAUUCUGAAAUUCAAAUCAUGUAGUUUAUAUUUUUUUAAAUAGUGAGAAAAUUUAUUAGGUAUGCUUAUCAAUAAUUUGCUGUUGGAUUUUAAGCAUAUUAAUUUACAUAGUUUCUAAAGCUUGAGAGUCAAAGUAAUAUUCUCCUGAGAAUUAAAUAUAUAUGAAGAAUAUGUCAGUAUACUAUGUUAUCAUUUGAUUAGUUUUAUAUGAAAGUUAAGGAGCCAAGUAUUGAAAAUGAAAUGCUAAUUUUUACCAUUAAAAACAUUUUUGCAUAUAAGGAAAAUGCAAAUCAAUAAGAAAAUAUAAAUUGAAUGAUUUAGCAAUAUAUAUAUAUAUAUCAUUUAGUUUAUACUUUAUUAUAUCUUGCAACUAAUUACCUUAUGAUUUUCAUGUAGUUCUUUAAAAUAUUUUGUAGUGAUAUUAUGUAGUUACAUCUUUUAAAAUUAAAAUCCAAACAAUUUAUUCUUAAUUUUCUUCCAAAUUAUAAUAAUUUUGAUUUCUUAAAACCAAAAUAACAUUUCUAUAAAAAUGUAAAUCAUUUAUCAACUUAUGCAUAUAUAUUUAAAAGCAGUUGCUGUACACUUAAAAGAUUUUUAUUCUGAAGUGAAUUUUCUCCAAAAUAGUUGUUUAAUUUGCAGCAGUCAUAUGCAUUAAUGUGUGUACAGUUCCGUGCAUUAAUAAGUAUGCAAUUCAUAGUAGUUCAAAGUUUACUAUAGGGCUGUCAAAUUUUGUAGUAUAAUUAUAUUUUUUAAAAGUUCAUUUUAUUUUGGCUAAUAAAUAGAUAAAAGAAUCUCAGAAUAUUUAUUAUAAUAAGAAGGAUAAUGAUUUCUCUAACUUUUGAGAUAUUUAGCAAAUGUUUUGAUCUAAAGAAGCUAUUAUUAUUGGCAUGUACAGCAAAUCUAUUCCAUGAAGAAAUGUUAGCCAAAGUGUUUGCCUCAUUUUUUUUAAAGAAUUGUUUUGUGCAUAUUGUAAAUACUGGUUAUGGUUUGUUGUUUGUAUGAGUAAGAAAUAUUUUACGCUUGUUUUGUAUGAUAAAUUUUGUGCCAUUUCUUUACUGUUUUAGUUAUAAUGUUUAAAUGGUGCUGGGAUAUUGUAAUCUACAAAAUGAAAUUAAUGAAAAUGUUAUGCAUGAAAGUGUAUGUAUAGUUUUGAAAUAAAAGAACUUGGAAUUCUUUA